AUGUGGCGACCGUCUCGACUUUGCCACUUCCACUCUGCCCUGCUGCUGAGCAGGAGGGAGCCGUGGCCGCCCCCCGGCCCCUUCUUUAGGAGGAACUUCAAGGUCUCACCUGCAAGCCCUGGCCACCCCAGACCACUGUGGAAGGUCAUGUCUGUCACGGUAGUGGGGGUGCCCCUGUUCCUUGGCAUCCGCUACUUCACGGCCCCGACUCGGGAGAAGAGGAAGAUGCGGCUUGUGGUGGGCGGCGUUGGGCGCUUCAGCAGGUCCCUGUGUGUCGGGGUGCAGAUUUCUCUGGACUACUGGUGGUGCACUAACAUCCUGCUAUGGGGCGUGGACCAGAACAGCCCGAAAUACCUGGAGGUGAUGUCUGCCUGUCACCAGCGGGCUGCCGAUGCUCUGGUUGCUGGGGCCAUCAGCAACGGGGGCCUCUAUGUCAAGCUGGGCCAGGGGCUGUGCUCCUUCAACCACCUGCUGCCCCCCGAGUACAUCAAGACGCUGCGUGUGCUGGAGGACAAGGCCCUCACUCGGGGCUUCCAGGAGGUGGACGAGCUAUUCCUGGAGGACUUCCAUGCACGGGCCCACGAGAUCUUCCAGGAGUUCAACUACCAGCCCAUGGCUGCGGCGAGCCUGGCCCAGGUGCACAAGGCCAAGCUGCAUGAUGGCACCGACGUGGCAGUGAAGGUGCAAUACAUCGACCUGCGGGAUCGUUUCGACAGCGACAUUUACACACUGGAGCUGCUACUGCAGCUCAUCGAGCUCAUGCACCCCAGCUUCGGCUUCAGCUGGGUCCUCCAGGACCUGAAGGGGACACUGGCGCAGGAACUGGACUUUGAGAAUGAGGGCCGCAAUGCGGAGCGCUGUGCGAGGGACCUGCAGCACUUUCAUUACGUGGUGGUGCCCCGCGUGCACUGGGACAAGACCAGCAAGCGUGUGCUGACAGCAGACUUCUGCGAGGGCUGCAAAGUCAACGAUAUGGAAGCCAUCAAAGAGCAAGGGCUGAUGCUCCAGGACAUAGCCCAGAAGUUGAUCCAGGCCUUUGCGGAGCAGAUCUUCUACACUGGCUUCAUCCACUCGGACCCGCAUCCUGGCAACGUUCUGGUGCGGAAAGGCCCGGACGGGAAGGCAGAGCUGGUCCUCUUGGACCACGGGCUCUACCAGUUCCUGGACGAGAAGGACCGCGCAGCACUGUGCCAGUUGUGGAGGGCCAUCAUUCUUCAGGACAGUGCUUCCAUGAAGGCGCACGCGGCCACCCUCGGUGUCCAAGACUACUUCCUGUUCUGCGAGAUGCUGAUGCAACGGCCUGUGCGCCUGGGCCAGCUGUGGCGCUCCCACCUGCUGAGCCGGGACGAGGUGGUGUACAUGCAGGACAUGGCGCGACAGCACUUCGAGGACAUCAUGCGUGUGCUCAAGGCCCUCCCGCGGCCUAUGCUGCUGGUGCUUCGGAACAUCAACACAGUUCGUGCCAUCAAUGCCUCCCUUGGCACCCCUGUGGACCGCUACUUCCUAAUGGCCAAGAGUGCAGUCAAAGGCUGGAGCCGCCUGGUGGGAGCCACGUACCAGGGCAUCUACCGCUUUAGCCUAUUACGACACAUCAAGGUUGUCUGGGAGAUGCUCAAGUUUGAAGUAGCCCUGAGGGUGGAGAUCGUCCUGAUGAGGCUCACAACCCUGGUGGUCCGCACCCUGGUUCACCUGGGCGUUGUGACUGACCCUAAGGACCUCUAUGAGUACCUGGAGACCUAG